AUGUUCGGCCAUUGCAAAAGUCCCAUAUGGCGGGUCGACGACUUGAGUCCUUGCUUCGAAGCAGAUUAUCUCGAGACUCUAUUUCCUCUGCUGGCAUGUGCUACAUCGGCGCUGCUUCUGCUGUUCCGGCUCGGACGUCGCAUAUCUAAACAGCGACGACAUCACGAAUCUACCCGCAACCUCUUAGUGGACAUCAGCGAAGAUGAAGAUGAAGACGAAGACGACUCGACAGACGGAGACGUGGACAGUUUGACCCGACUUACCCUGCAAAAGACUUUCAGUCGUGGCGGCCACUCGUUGAAAGACGUGGACAAGCCGACCGGUGAAAUCUUUCUUGUGACGGCCGAGUUUCUGUUAGUUUUAGGACAGUUGGCUGUCAAUAUCGUCGCCCUCGUUCACUCGGCAGCUGGGAGCCGGCACGCAGCCAUAGGGGAGACCCUCGUGUCUGUCUACCUGGCCAUCCUUGCAGGAGUUCGCCUGGUGUCUUCAACGACAACAUGGGAACCUCCGGUCAAAGGUCUUUGGACACACAGCGCAGCCCUUUAUAUCAUCCAGUGGCUACUCCUGGUUUGGGUCUUCCGGUCCUCAUUCAUCCAUCCGCUUAGUCGCCUCUUCCAGCUAUUGACAAUAGCAUCUUUUGCUAUCACGAGCAUCUUGGUUUUGAUUGUAUUGUGCUCUCGGAGAGGAAACAAAGGUGUCAUACUUGAGUAUGAGGAUGGCAUUGAGCCGUCCCGGGAACCGCUGGCUAGCCUCCUGUCCUUGACUACUUUCGCCUGGGUAGAUCCCAUCGUCUGGAGGGGAUUCAAGAAGCCUUUGGAGCUCUCUGAUGUGUGGAACGUGUCACCAUCUGACAAGGCAGACGUCGUCCUCGCUCAUUUCCGACAGAUCCAAAGGACGCACUCGCUUGCAGUUCGACUCUUGCUGCAUUUCAAAUCCCAGCUUCUCAUCCAAGGCGCGUGGUGUAUGCUUGCCAGUGUGUUUAUGUUUCUUCCGACCUUGCUUCUCAAAGCUGUCCUGGAGUAUCUAGAGCACACCGACGCCAUUCCUACCAGCGCGGCAUGGCUGUACGUUAUCCUCCUCUUUGCCACUGGCGCAGUGCAAGCCAUCGGUGAUGGGCAAGCUCUCUGGAUCGGUCGAAAGAUCUCCAUUCGGCUAAGAGCUAUCAUCGUGGGCGAGAUUUAUUCCAAGACCCUGAGACGGAAGGCAGCGGCAAGCACGGAUGCGGAUGUCGAACAAGAGAAGGCCAAGGAUACGCAGGCGUUCUGGGCAAAAGUAAAGUCAUCCUGGAAGACCAUGAGGAGUCGCCAUCAAAGUGAAGCCACAGCGGGCUCCAACCUUAAGAAGGCCAGCAGCUCUCAAGCUAAAAACGGCACAGUCAUCAACCUGAUGUCUGUUGACUCCUUCAAAGUUGCUGACGUUUGCGCAUAUCUACAUUUUCUUUGGGCUGCCGUCCCUGUUCAGCUGAUUAUGGCCGUGAGCUUGCUGUACAAGGUUUUGGGGUUCAGCUCAUUUGCCGGAAUCGUGCUGAUGAUUCUUAUCCUCCCUCUGAACCUCUACAUUGCGAAAUCGUUCCAAGCGGCGCAGAAGAAGAUCAUGGCGGCGACUGAUGCCAGGAUCCAUGUGACAAAUGAGGUUCUCCAGAACAUCAGAAUCAUCAAAUAUUUUGCUUGGGAACGACGGUUCCAAAACAGCGUCAAUGAGAAAAGGAAGAUCGAGUUGGACGCGCUGUGGCGGAAAUAUAUUCUUUGGGCUUCUGCUGCGACUAUCUGGAGCGGCGUUCCGAUCGUCAUCACCUUCACUUCGUUCCUCAUCUAUACGCGGGUUGAGAAACGGCCCCUCGUUCCUUCUGUUGCUUUCCCGGCACUGUCAAUGUUCUCGCUGCUCCGUGUGCCUCUGGAUCAGCUUGCAGACAUGGUAGCUCAUGUGCAAGAGUCUAAGGUGUCGGUUGAUCGCGUCGAAAAGUUCCUUGAUGAGGCGGAAACGGAGAAAUACGUGCAGCUGCGCCAGAGUAGGCGAUUCAGCGUUCCGUGCACUCGAAUCGCUCUCGACGACGCCACAUUGACAUGGGGAGUGACCGGGCCCGAAGUCUCAGAAGCGUUCCGGCUUAUUAACAUCAGCGUGGAGUUUGAAAUAGGCCAGCUCAGUGUCAUUGCAGGCCCGACUGGAUCUGGGAAGACAUCUCUUCUCAUGGCUUUGCUCGGAGAGAUGCAGCUUCUCAAUGGGAACGUCUAUAUCCCUGGUGGAGUCCCCCGGCAAGAGUUGCGUCCUGAUCCAAGCACCGGCCUAACCGACAGCGUUGCUUACUGCGCGCAGCAAGCAUGGUUGGUAAAUGCAACCAUCAAGGAGAACAUCUUGUUUGCGAGUCCUUACGAUGAAGACCGCUAUCUCGAAAUAAUUUCAAUCUGUGCCCUCGAACGCGACUUGGAAAUCCUCGACGCGGGAGACCAAACCUUGGUUGGCGAGAAGGGAAUCACUCUCUCCGGAGGCCAGAAACAGAGGAUCUCACUGGCAAGGGCCAUAUACUCCAAUUCCAAACAUCUGCUCCUUGAUGAUUGCCUGAGCGCGGUCGACGCGCAUACAGCGAAGCACAUUUUCGAGAAAGCACUUACUGGGCCCCUGAUGGUACACCGCACCUGCAUACUGGUGUCCCACAAUGUCGCGUUGACGGUGCCAUUUGCAAAUCGGGUGGUUGUUCUAGAGAAUGGCAAGAUAGCUGCUCAGGGCACGCCACAAGAAAUCGCCGGAACUGGCAUACUUGGAGACGAGCUUCUGAGAUCACGACCGGUGUCGCGAGCCAACUCCCAGCCACCUUCACGAGUGCCUUCGAAUCUAGAAGAAGAAACUUCCAAGUUGUCCGGUGGAAACGGUCCUCUACCUCCUGAUUCAGGUGCAAAAGGCUCUAACAAGGCCAAGGCGAGGGCUAAUAAACCUGACAAACCAUUCAUUGAUUAUCGACUCGAAGCCAAAGCUACAGGCAGUGUCAAAAUGUCAACGAUAAAGAUGUACCUUCAGGCGAUGGGCCCUUGGCACUACUGGAUUGUCGCUGCCUUUGGUUUCAUCGCCACCCAAAUCGGCUCUGUGGCAACUAACCUAUGGAUUCGGGAAUGGGCCAAUGCCUACCAUCUCCAGGGCACGCAUACUGCUCAUGCAGCGAUCCACGCAUUCCACCAAAUGAAAGGGUUAGCUUCAGCAUCGAACUUCGGAUCUUCGAAUAUUCGAAUGCCAGAAACCGCAGUCAAUGCGAGCAAGGCCGGGAUCACUCACACAAUCUCCGACGUCAAUGCAGGGUACUACCUGGGAGUCUAUGCGAUCAUUGGCGCUGUAUACGUGUCCAUCUGCUUCUCCCGGGAGAUUAUACUCUUCUGGGGUUCUCAGCGGGCCUCUUGGUAUAUCCACGAGAAGCUGCUGACGAGCAUACUUCGGGCCAAGUUCCGCUUCUUCGAUUCGACGCCUCUUGGGCAGUUGACAAAUCGAUUCUCCAAGGACAUCCAAGCUCUGGACCAGGAAGUAGCUCCGGUGGCAAUUGGCCUUCUUCAUAGCGCCGCUUCCGUUCUUACCAUCGUUAUUCUGAUCUCGGUGAUCACUCCCGGUUUCCUGAUACCGGGCUCCUUCAUCACCAUCCUGUAUGUUGUAACAGGAUGGCUGUACAUCCGAUCGUCCCGGGAUUUGAAGCGGAUUGAAGCAGUGCAGCGGAGUCCACUUUUCCAGCAUUUCGGUGAGACACUGACAGGAGUGGUGACGAUCCGAGCCUACGGCGACGAGUCUCGUUUUAUUCAGGAGAGCAACACGCGAGUGAACACGCACAAUCGUCCAUUCAUCUACUUAUGGGCGACCAACAGAUGGCUCGCGUUCCGGAUCGACAUUGCAGGAGCUCUGGUUUCCUUCUUUUCUGCCAUGUUUCUGAUUGUGAAUGCAGGCAGCAUCGAUCCUGGGGCUGCGGGAUUGGCCCUGUCAUAUGCCAUUACAUUCACUCAGAAUGUUCUCUGGCUUGUUCGACUUUAUGCAGCCAACGAACAAAACAUGAAUGCCGUGGAACGCUUACAAGAAUAUAUCGACAUUGAACAAGAGGCGCCCGCGAGUAUCCCAGAUACGAGGCCACCGCCCAACUGGCCAAGCCAGGGAGCUAUAGAAUUCAUCGGAUACAGCACUAGAUAUCGUCCCGACCUCGAACCGGUGAUCAAACAUUUGUCUAUCCGCAUCGAGCCCGGACACAAGAUUGGCAUAGUUGGUCGGACAGGCGCAGGCAAGAGUUCUCUCGCACUAGCUCUCUUUCGAGGACUUGAAGCCGACGAGGGCAAGAUUUUGAUCGACAACGUGGACAUUGGACUUAUUGGACUCCAGGAUCUCCGUGAAGCCAUCACCAUUGUUCCUCAAGAUCCAACACUGUUUGCCGGCACAUUGAGGAGUAAUCUAGAUCCCUUUGAGCUUUUCACCGACGAGGAAGUUUUGAACGCACUUCGACGGGUGCAAUUGAUCCCGGGCGCCCAUGGAAGUCCAGAACAGUCGGGGUCGGCCACCCCAAUGGAAGCCACUAGCAGGUCACCGACACUCCGUGAGAACUCGAGUCCGGACAGUCAAGGGUUGCCCUCAGUGAAUGGCACGAUGAAAUCGAGCUCGACACUGGUCCGCUUUGCAAGUAACUCGAAAGACAACAAAAAUAUCUUCCGAGAUCUCUCGUCGCCUAUAGCCGAAUCUGGCUCCAAUUUGUCACAGGGACAGCGUCAACUUCUUUGCCUGGCAAGGGCUCUGUUGAAAGCCCCGAAGGUGCUGGUCAUGGACGAAGCAACAGCUUCCAUUGAUUAUGCCACAGAUUCCAAGAUCCAAGACACUCUACGGGAGUUGAAGAACAAUACUAUUUUGACCAUUGCGCACCGCCUGCAAACAAUCAUUGACUAUGACCGGGUACUGGUUCUCGAUAAAGGCGAAGUGGUGGAGUAUGCUGACCCCUGGGAACUGCUUCAAAAAGAAGAUGGGCACUUCAGGUCAAUGUGCCAAACGAGCGGUGAUUUCGAUUCACUGUACGGAUUAGCGAAGAAAGCAUGGCAGGACAGGAGAUUGAUUGAUGAUUCCUGCUGA